AUGGAUGCUGCAGAUUUGUCGGAUGAAGAGUUCUUCGUUCCACGUCGCAGUCAUAGUCGAAGGUUAGUCAUAGAUUCCGAUGAUGAUACUUCACUGACAUCAUGCAUGGGUCAGAUGGAUUUCGAACAUGAAGAACCACCAGGUUCUUCAUGUUCGAACCAACCAAGAGAGAAUAUUCUGUAUGGUAAAAAUCAACAUAAAUGGUCUACAAAACCUCGAGAUCCACGUACUCGCACGGCUGCUCGUAAUGUGCUGCAUAUUGUACCUCCCGCAGCGUCAUCCCUGCAAAAAAAGUGGAAGAGUUUACGGGAUAAUUAUAUGAGAGAGGUGAAGAAAAUGAAGACUGUCAAAUCUGGAUCAGGAGCUUCCAAAACUUCGACAUAUAUUCAUUAUAAUAGACUACGAUUUCUACAGGCAUCAAUUGCCAACAAAGAUACAGAAAGUAGUUUCGAUGCAGAUAAUGCAUCAACUUCGUCAGAGGUUGCUGAAGUAGAAAUAAGUUCUGGCUUUAAGAGUCCUAAAACUACUUCAAGAAAAAAACAAAAAUUAAAUCCUGCUGAUGAAAGAUUUGCAAACAUAUUAGAGCAGAGUUUAGCACAGAAAAAUGUGUCGCAUCCAAAAGAAGAUGACGAUGAAGACAAGCUGUUUUGUUUGUCACUCGUUAAAGAGAUUAAAAAAAUUCCGGAAUAUAGGCGACUUCAAACUAAAAUUGCCAUUUAUAAUUUAAUUUUGCAAAACCAAAAUGAAUUUCAAGGACCACAACAACAGACAUAUGAAAAUCAAAAUUACCCGGUACCACAACGAAGAAAUUAUUUAUCACAAGAGCAGCGUCAUCAGUCAUCAGCUUCUGUUGAAGGCUUUCGUUAUCAUGAUUAUAGAUCACAGCAGUCUAGUGUGUCAAAUAAUUUUGCACAUUAUGGUUAUACUACAGCAAUGGGGUCUCCAUCGCCAGUAACACCUACUCCAUCGCCAGCACCAACUAAUGUCAGCAAUGAAUCAGAGUUAGAGUUAUUCUGCGAGUAA